UGCUGGGUCUCUAGUCAUUCCUGUGGGCUCUUCGCCCUGCUGGCAUCAGGGGGUCACCAUGGUCGCUCUUAAAUUCAACGGCCGCUCCCUGAUUUCUCCGCUGGGGAUCGUUCGGUUGUUGGAGAUAUUCUUCUCCUGCACUGCUUUCAGCUUAGCAGCCGUUAAUAAAGACUACGGCGGGAACUAUGGGGCUUGGUCGAUGUUUACUUGGUGCUUCUGCUUCAUCGUUUCUGUCUUUGUGGUGAUUAUGGAGCUGAUCAGCCUGGAUGCGGCCCUGCCUGUUUCCUGGCAGGACUUCACCUCUGCCUUCUCCAUGCUGGCUACUCUGAUGAUCUUCACGACUUCCGUUGUCUACCCAGCAACCUUCAUUCCUUCCUGCAAGAGCUGUGGUUAUCGGAUUGGGGCUACCGUCAUGUCUUGCCUCUGUUUCGCCGCCUACGCGGUGGAAGUAGGCCUCACCCGGGCCAAAGCAGGGGAGCUCAGCAACUUCCUGACCACCAUCCCUGGCCUCCUGAAGGUAUUUGAGGCCUACGUAGCUUGUCUCAUCUUCUCCUUGCUGGGCAUUUCCGAUUACAAGAAAUUUCCCGGUCUGGAAUGGUGCGUGGCCGUCUACUGCAUCUGCUUCAUUUUGACCAUGGUGAUUGUCAUUCUGACCAUUGGACGCUGCCUUGGUUCCUUGCCCAUCCCUGUGGAGAAGACUCUUAUUGCCUACAACAUCUUGGCUGUUCUCAUGUAUCUUACCGUAGUGAUCAUAUGGCCUUUAUACAGCUUUCAGAACAAUCCAAGACCUCAGUGUAAUAGUAAUCCUGGCCGCUGCGCCGUGUGGGACAAUAACCUGGGAAUUACCUUCCUCUCCUUCUUCAACCUCAUCGCCUACAUUGUGGACUUGGCCUAUUCUUACAAAAUGGUGUUUGUGACCACACCGGCAUAGAUGGCUCUUGUACCCAUCUCACCCAUACAACACACAUGUGCAUGUGUGGACACCACAUUGGCUUAUACUGCUGGACACGCUGAGAUCUAAGAAACAUGGCUCCAGGAGUAGCAGAGGUUAUAGAUAUCUGAGGUGAUGGUACUUCUAAUCUUGCAAUGACAUGAUUUAAAUUUUGGACUGUUUCAUUUUAUACUUGCGGUUAAGUUGGAUGGACCGAUCUCAUUUCCUCAAGGAGUUGAUCCUAUCUUCAUUCAUUACAAGACCUCUGUGAAUUACACCCUGGUUAGAAGUUCGAUCCAGAGCCUAAAAAUGAAUUUGGAAAAACCACUGUGCUAUAAUCUUCCCAGCUUCUGUUUUAAACUCUAGUUGUGAGAAGUGAGAAGAUUAUGAGCAAAGAAGGAAAAUUAAGAGUGGGGAGGAAGCUGAGUUCUCCACAGAUAGAAGACAGCUUUAAUCAUCGCACUGAGCUGAGGACACAAUUUUUUUCCUCAGAUGUCUUCUACAGGAAUGUUUUCUUUGCCUUUCAAAAGAAUAUCUUAUAUACAAGUGAGAUGAAAUACGAGAUCUCACUGCAGAAUAUGGAGUGGGGGGUUUAUAUUGCUGUACCAAGCAGUCAGCUAAAACGCGGCUUGUUGGAUUAUGGAUUGUUGAAUAAACCACAAUUGGCAAUAAAAAGGGAAAGGCUCCAUCAAGUUGAA